CGUGACCGUAGAGCGGACCAGAAAUGGCGUCUUACUUGAUUGCCGGCGAGCGGCUGGUGCGCGCCUUGGCCCCCGGCGGGGAGCUGGAGCCCGAGCAGCUUCCACGCAAGCUGCGGGCGGAGCUGGAGGCCGCCGUGGAGAAGAAGCACAAGGGCGGUGACCGCCCCCGGGGUCCCGCACGCCUGGUUCCCUUCCGCCUGGUCCGGGACCUGCACCAGCACCUGAGAGAACGGGAUUCCACACUGUACCUUCAUGAGCUCCUAGAAGGCAGUGAAAUCUAUCUCCCAGAGGUGGUGAAGCCUCCUAGGAACCCAGAGCUAGUUGCCCGUCUGGAGAAAAUUAAGAUACAGCUGGCCAAUGACGAAUAUAAGCGGAUCACCCGCAAUGUCACCUGUCAGGAUUCAAGGCAUGGUGGGAUUCUAAGUGACCUGGGCAAGGAAGUGAGGUCAGUGAAGGCUGUGGUCAUCACCAUCUUCAACUUCAUUGUCACGGUGGCAGCCGCCUUUGUCUGCACUUACCUUGGAAGCCAGUAUAUCUUCACAGAAAUGGCCUUGCGGAUACUGGCUGCAGUGAUCGUCGCCUCUGUGGUGGGUCUGGCUGAGCUGUAUGUCAUGGUGCGGGUGAUGGAAGGCGAGUUGGGAGAGCUAUAACUGGUGCUUCAUCAUCAAAGUCUGGAGACGGUUUGGAGGGGCUCCAGGCUCCCAGCUGCCAAACACUGACUCUCAGUCAAUCCAUCAGGUUCUUUGUACUCAGCUCUAGUCAGUCAGGGCCACGCCACUGCUACCUGCUAUUUCCGUGGGCAGCCUCAUCUGUCAGUUGCCAGAGCGGGCAAUAGAGGAGAUUCCGACAACUGAACAGAACUGGCCUGUUGGUACCUGAUCCUGAUCCUGAUGCCUGUCUGCCUUCUCCGUCCAGUCCAGGCACUGCUGGGCUGGGGUUUUCCAUCGAGAGUAAAUAGAAUCCAGGCCUUCCCGGAAGUGGGCCAUGCUGCUUGAACUUGCCCAAGUGUACAAAUAGGUCGUCAUCCUUGUUCCACACAUCCUGGAUGCUGGCCUGUAACUUAGUUCUGAAGCCUCCAAAAAGCAGAAAGGAUUCCCUUUCUCCAGGUUAUGGGGAAGAACUGAUCGGCGGACAUAAAACAAGAAGAGGAGGAAGAUGGGUCUGUACAGAAUGGCGGAGCUGGGUGUAAGGCAGCUAUCUUUUUGGAAUUUUAGUUUCUAUCUACAUUUUCUUCCUUCUGCUUGUCUUUUUUAGGGUUUCUAUAUGCUUCUGCCUGUCUCUACCACCCACCAGCCCUUCUUAAACUUCCCGUCUUCUCAUCACCUUUUGCUCUGUCUCCAAAAAUGAAAACAAUUCAGGUCGCAAAACAGUGUUUCUGCUUUUAAUUGCAAAAUCCCUUGUACUUGUUUGUGUUUGUGGGGAGAGUAUGCCUACUGUGAGAUUGCCUCAGCUAGUAAAGGGAGGGACAGGGACGAUUUUCAGAUUUAACUAUGAAUAAACAUACACAUGAAUAUGUAUACAUAAUACAUUAUGAAUAUGUAUACAUAUUUUUAUAUGUGAGCCUAAUACAGGAUGUUUUCUGUGGGGUUCUUAAACAUGUUUGGGUGAGUGUGAAAAAUAAUAUGUAAAUGCUCACAGUUGACUAAUUGUUUUACAUAGUUGUUUUUGGUCUUUACAAUAGUCCUGGAGGUUAGAAAAGGAAAUGGUCUUAGGCCCCUUUUCCAGAUGACAAAACUGAGGCUGAGAGAGAUCAAAUGAUCUACUGUGUUCCUUCCUCUGAUAAAUGGAACCAAAGACUCCUAGAUGGUCCUGAAGUCUCUGUGUAAUGUUAAACUUCUGGAACUUAGAUUAGUGGUGCAAUGAUAGAAUCUGUAUAAAGCAUAAUAAAUAUUUAUUGUAUUCAGUGUA